AUGACAAUCUCUCACUUCGGACUAUUGGAAACUCUCACUGCCCUUCUAUCCUUCAGCAAUGGUGUUCUAGGUGGUGGUUUUAUCAGCUGUACCUCCCAGGGCAUUCCGUUCUCUAGCGGGCAGUACGCCGGAAACAUCCCUGCACAUAUUGCGCAAUUUGACGCUGGUGAUGGACGAGGUGAUUACUACGGACAGGAGCUCAUUGGUGACUGCGUUGAAGAGAUCAAUCACAGUGAUGGAGGGCAAAGUUUUCACUGCGACAAUGGUGAAUGGAUAUCUGCUACUUUCUGGAUCACACCAGACCAGUGCUUAAAUAUUGAGGUUGAUGAUAACCACUACUGGUGCUGUGGAGAGACACCCAAUACUGGUGGUGAUGCGGGAUGUGGUUUCUAA